AUGGCUACUACUACUACACAUACUUCGUCUCUUAAAUUAAAAUCCGAGGCCAAGACAUCACCUUAUUUAUCUACAUUACGUCAUUUAACAAAUAAAGAUGUUAAGAAAGCAGCUUAUACUUUAUUAGAAGCAUUUGCUGAAGAUUCCUUAGCUAAAAUGCUUGUAUGUCAUAUUAAAGAUCCUAAAGAACGUAAAAUUUGUGAAUUAACCCUUUAUGAAGCAUAUCUUAGACAACAUAUUGCUAAAGGAAUUGUAAUUGGACAAGGUGAAACUGAAUCUGGAUUUGAAACUGUUUCAAUCUGGUCACAUCCUCAAUCAGAACAGGAUGGAUUGGAUUCAUAUAAUAAUCUUAUGGAAGCAGGUUAUGGAAAAGUAUGGAAUUUAUAUGGAGAAGAAGGUAGGAAAAAGGUAUUUUAUGGAAUGUUACCAUUAUUACAUGAUCUGUGUGAAAGGAUAAUUAAUAACGAUUCAAGAUUUAAAAAUAAAAAUAUAUACACCUUGGUUUAUGUUGGAAGUAAUAAAAAAGCUCAAGGAAAAGGUAAUGUAAGAAAAUUAUUUGAUUAUAUGUUUAAAAAUUAUAUUGAUAAAGAGGAAGAUAAUAUUGCUUACUUGGAAAGUAGCUCACCUGUGAAUAUUCCAAUUUACAACAGAUUUGGUUUCCAUGUUGUUGAAGAUAUAAUCUUGGGUCUGAAAUUUGAUGGUGCUGUUGAAGGACAAGAUUAUGCCAUAAUGCAUGUUAUGAUUAGAGGUUCACAUGGACAUGACUGGACACAGGAUGAAAACACUUUAGCAUCAAAAUUGUAA